CUCGAUGUCCUUGACUUUCACAGAAUCCACCAGGAAGCUGACUCCAGAAACAUUCCCUGCCUACAGAGACGUCUCCCUCUGAGGACCCACACUGGCUGAUCCUGGCUGCUGUUGCGUCUGGCGUCACCUUUACGCAAACUUGAAUUUGGGUAAAGUGAUCGGUCUCUCCCGCACAACUCCCCAUCCCGUGCCUUUCCUCCUCCUCUUCCUCCUCCUCCUGCAGCACCGCCAGGCGAGCUGUAGCGGGACACUUUGAGCGCACCGUCCUCCUGGAUGAUGCCGGAGAUGCAGCUCUGUUCGGAUGCUGUUCUGAUGGCGUGUGGAAGCCGAUGCUGGUCACUGAGACUCCGAUGAGGAGUUGAAGAGGUUGCAGUGGGAUUGUGACAAAGGCAGAGGGUUUCCACCUGGAUGGACACGAGCGCGAGGCUCGCGAUGUGCCUGCAUGCUGCUGCUACGUGUUUAGGUCCUCCCUAAUCCUGCUUUGGCGACGGAGCGAAUCCCCUUCACUCCCCGGAUGCCUCAGCGCCACACAUCUGGCCCCCGGACUCACUGAGCUCUGCAGCCAUCGGCCACAAAUCAAUCCUAAACAGAUGCAGACCGUUGCUGUGGACCGUUGAGGACAGCACAGCAUUGCGGCGUUGCUCCACCUGGUCUGGAACCCAACGCCGUAGAUCAUCUCUCACUGAGAGCUAGGAAAGACCAGCUUUGUUGUUCCGAGCUGCCCAGACUGGAGCAGCUUUUCCAGAUGCUGCCAUGCCCAUCAUCAGCAAUGCCAACCACGACUUUAGCAACCUGUCGGUCAGUGACGACAGCAGUCUCGACCGCAUCUUUACUGAGAUCCCAGAGACGGAGACGGUCAAAGGCGUGUAUUACCAAAGAGCUAAGUUCAUCCGUCUGCCAGAGGACCUGCACUCCAUCGACCAUGCCCUGUUGGCAGUCAUCAACGUUGGUGGGAAUCGCUACGCCUUUCCUUGGAGCACGCUGCAACAAUUCCCCCUCACACGGCUGGGCCGUCUCUGUGGGUGUCGGUCGCUCGAGGACAUUGCUAGCGUGUGCGAUGACUACGAUGAAGCCAGGAAGGAGUUCUUCUUCGACCGCUCUCCAUCUGCCUUUAGGGUCAUCCUCAACUUCCUGGCGGCAGGAAAACUUCGCCUCUUGCGCGAGAUGUGCAUCCUCUCUUUGCACGACGAGUUGAGCUACUGGGGCGUGGAGAUGGCGUACAUGGAGCGGUGCUGCAAAAGGAAGAUGUACACUCGCAUUGAGGAAGUGCACGAGAAGGAGAGGCGUGAGGAGGAGCGCAGACAGAGGAGCGCCAUGCAGCGGGUGCCAGUGGAGGAAACACGAUACCGUAAGCUGAUGAACUGGCUGAGAGACAUGGUGGAGAACCCACAGUCUGGCCUUCCAGGGAAGAUCUUCGCCUGCUUGUCCGUCAUCAUGGUUGUAGUGACUGUCAUUAGCUUGUGCAUUAGCACCAUGCCGGACCUCAGAGAGGAGGAGGACAGGGGCGAGUGCUCCUCCAAAUGCUACCACAUGUUCAUCAUAGAGACGGUGUGUGUGGCCUGGUUCUCUCUGGAGUUCCUCCUGCGCUUCAUCCAGGCACGCAGCAAGCUCGAUUUCCUCCGCGGGCCGCUCAAUAUCAUCGAUGCUAUGGCCAUCCUGCCCUACUACGUCUCCUUCGUUGUGACAGAUGAGGAUCCAGCCUUUGAGCACGAGAGGCCAGGGGGAGGUAAGGGCUAUUUGGAUAAACUUGGUCUGGUGCUGAGGAUCCUGCGAGCUCUGAGGAUUCUCUACGUGAUGCGGCUGGCUCGUCACUCCCUCGGCCUGCAGACGUUGGGCUUGACGGUGAGGCGCAGCACUCGGGAGUUUGGCCUUCUUCUGCUCUUCCUCUGCGUGGCUGUCACCCUUUUUUCCCCUCUGGUCCACCUAGCUGAGAGUGAGCUCACAGGUACCCAUGACUUCAGCAGCAUUCCCGCCUCCUACUGGUGGGCCAUCAUCUCCAUGACAACUGUAGGCUAUGGCGACAUGGUGCCGAGGUCCAUUCCCGGACAGGUUGUAGCGCUGAGCAGCAUCCUCAGUGGGAUCCUCAUCAUGGCCUUCCCCGCUACCUCCAUCUUCCACAUGUUCUCCCGCUCCUACCAGGAGCUGAAGAUGGAGCACGACCGACUGUUCAAAGAGGAGUGUGCGGCCGCUGCCGCCUCGGGGGAGAUGCAAGAGGUUGGAGGGGAAGAGAAGGAGGAUUCACCUCAAACUGGACCGGGCCUGCAUCAGGACAAGAAUAGUGAGCACUCUAUGGAGUCUCUGGCUCUGCUCGGUGAACGGGGAGAAGCUGCAAAGAAUAAUAACUUCAGUCUUCCAGCUGCAGCUUUCUGAGCAUUUACAGAUUCACACCUAAACCUCCAUAAAUAGAUAUUCACCAAUAGUAAAGGUACUGAUGCCCCAAAGGCCUGAUUAUCAUUGCAUUCUUGUGGAUAGAAAGAAUUUUUCUUCAAGGAGAAAUCUGCAAAGAACCUGAAGGACCUGCAACCCUUUAAAUUGGACCACCUGACCAGAAGGCCUCUGCAGUAAUACCAGUAACAUGCUGCUUCCAUGAACAUGCACUAUCAAACCCAAAGUUGCUUUUCCUUCCACUGUGAAAUGCCUGAGUGCAACGUUUAGGUUCAUUUUCAGUCGUUUCUGACAUGUUGCCUAUAGAGUAUGAUCUAAAAACACGUCUCAUUAUAUGUACUCAGACGUGUUUGCCAUGAAUAUGAAGAAGUGCACAUUUAUAUUUAAAUUCAGUAAGCUUAAAGCCAUGUAAUAAAUACCAACAAACUGAUAGUUCUGAUCAUGCAUAUACAUAUAUAUAUAUAUAUAUGUAUACAUACAU